AUGAGUAUCUGGAAUGAAAAUGAUUUAUAUUUCUCUCAUCUGUUCUCAAUGUCCAAGAAGCACAAAGACCAUCCAGAUGAUCCAAGUAAAGAGCGGAAAAGUGGGCACCAUACAUAUGGAGACCAAAUCGAUGCUGAAGCUGAAAAGUUCAUACAGAGAAAACAUGAGAUUGGUGCUCAAGAGAAUCAAGAGGAUGUCGACGCUGAAGCUGAGGAUUUCAUUGAGCACGAGCACCUAAAAUUUGAACUUAGCAAAUGGAUGUCCAUGAAUAUGGAUGAUGCCAGUAUCUUAAAACAAGUGUGUGUAGGUGUAUCAAUCUCCAAGUAAGAAGGGGAAGGAAAGCAGCAAUAAGAAUCCCGAGUAAAAACAAAACAAUGAUGAGGCGGGAAGAAGUAGAAGUAGAAGUAGCAGGGUUAAAAAGAGAAUCUGGAGUUUUGCUAGAAAGAUUAAAGCAGAGGAAAGAGAAUGUCAUUCAACAAAUUGAAUGAUCUCAAUGUAAAACGGAGGGACUAGACCACUUGAGUGUCUAGUAGUUUCAUAUGGUGACUUUAGAUUCAAGCUGUCAAUAGAUCCUAACAUCUUCUCCAUUUGUAUUCUAUUUUCUCUUUGAUCUCA